CGGACCGACGGAAUAUUUAAACGAUUUGGCAACACUGACCCAAAAGCACACGUCGAGAGUUGCCGGACUGGCAGAAUCUGUGAUUGAUCUGGUAACACUGGUCCAAAAUAAACAUCUAUAGUUGCCGGACCGACGGUAUUUGAACGAAACUGUGAGCCCAACGGUAUAUUUGAACAAUAACUCUACGGUCAUACUGACAACAACGAAAAACAAAUCAGCACGCGCACAGAGUCGCUGUUUUUUAUAAUUUUUUAUUGUACGGCUUUUAAUAAUGCGGACCCCGGUUAUUUAGUGCUGCGAGCAAAAACGGUCAACGUCAGUUCAGGUCUGUUGCAAACUGUGUCAACUAAUUACGGAGGAGCUACUGAUUAACCGGAUCGGAGUGAAGUGGAGCAUUUAUCACCUGGCGGCCUUUGAACCAGUGAACGGUGCGCCCCUGUUCAUUGUCGUUACCGAUUCCGGAUCGCGAUCCGCUCCAAGACUUCCAGCGAGAAAACCGAAAUCUGUCUGUCUGUCCACGUCUGUUUACGCAGAGCUUACCUACGGCUACGGCUCUUUGAUAUGCUAAUCUCGACCAGGGCCCACGCGUACCUGGAGUUGACAGUUUCUGUUUCGGUUUCGCUCGGGUUUCGUAAUUAACUUAAACCGUGUGCUUGUACGUCUUCCUUGCCAGAAACGCUACGCGAAUCGAUAACAUUGACAUCGCCCACACCCAUCAAUACACACACCGCCUACAUACCCGGAUACGGAUAAGGAGACGGAGGAAGCAGCAGCACCAGCAGAAGCAUGGGUCAGACACUCUCGGAACCGGUGACCGCCAAGGAGUCGGCCUAUUGCCAAAAUUCAGCCUUCCGCGUCGGCUCCAGUUGUAUGCAGGGCUGGCGCAUCAACAUGGAGGACUCGCACACACACAUCCUCUCGCUGCCGGAUGAUCCGGGAGCGGCCUUCUUUGCCGUUUACGAUGGACAUGGCGGGGCCACAGUGGCCCAAUAUGCGGGAAAGCAUUUGCACAAAUUUGUGCUAAAGCGACCGGAGUACAAUGACGAUGAUAUUGAGCGGGCACUGCAGCAGGCUUUUCUGGACAUUGACUACGAGAUGUUCCACAAGGAGUCGUGGGGCGACCAGAUGGCCGGAUCUACAGCCGUCGUUGUGCUAGUGAAGGACAACAAGCUUUACUGUGCAAAUGCCGGAGAUUCGCGGGCCAUUGCCUGUGUAAAUGGUCAGCUGGAGGUCCUAUCUUUGGACCAUAAGCCCAACAACGAAGCGGAAUCAAAGCGAAUCAUCGAGGGCGGCGGCUGGGUGGAAUUCAAUCGCGUCAACGGCAAUCUGGCCCUUUCCCGGGCACUUGGUGACUUUGUGUUCAAGCGAGCGAACAAAAAGCCGGAAGAUCAGAUCGUCACAGCCUACCCGGACGUGGAGACGCGCAAAAUCAUGGAUGAUUGGGAAUUCAUCGUACUGGCCUGCGAUGGCAUUUGGGAUGUGAUGAGCAAUGCGGAAGUGCUCGAGUUCUGUCGCACGCGCAUCGGCAUGGGCAUGUAUCCAGAGGAGAUAUGCGAGGAGCUGAUGAACCACUGCCUGGCGCCCGACUGCCAAAUGGGUGGCCUCGGUGGCGACAACAUGACCGUUGUAUUGGUCUGCCUGCUGCACGAUCGGCCCUAUAGCGAUCUAAUAGCGCGUUGCCGGAAUAGUAACCAGCAGACGGCCGCCAAUCAGAAAGACGCCACCACCAAGGAUGCAUCACCAUCUCCCAAGGAUGGCGAUAACUCUGAAGAUGCGGAAACCGAUACGGAAACAGAAACGCAAUCCAAUCCAAAUCCAAAUUCCUGUCCAACAUCGAAGACCUGUCUAGCGGCGGGUAACGACGACGACGCCUCGAAGAAGGAUCAGCAAGAUGCGCUGCUGGCAGCGGCCGAAAUGCAGCUAAACUAUAUCUACUAGUGUUGAGCCUUACAAUUAAUUUAGGGAUACUCCGCAAAUACCGCUUAAGGUCUAAAAACUAAAACAAACAGCAAACGCAAGUGUUCUUGAUUAAGUUUUUAUAUGCCCAAGCACACACAACAGUCCUUACCCAAAAUGAUGGCAGAAAAGAAUCAAAUUGUAAUUGUUUUAAAUGUCCCCUUACCCCCACGAUGCGUGUAUAUACAUAUAUGCCUUCUCUCGUAACUAUAUAUUUCUAUGUUUACUACUACUGAUGUUUUGUGAUGCCCCAAGAGCAAAAACAAUGAUAAAAACAAACAAAAAUUG